UUAUUGUCUAGUUUUGUUUUUGGGUACUUGAUAUAAUAUUUUAACAGGACUGUACCAAACAAAAUUUGAAUAAUAGGGACUUAUCGAUAUUAUACCAAGCCGUGGCACAUUUUCUAGACGUGAUGGACAUACCAUAGUCAGAUUAAAUGAAAAUAGAUCAAAAACAAAAUGCAGUGCAUGACUUUUCAAAAUUUUUGCCAUUUUGGAGUUAUCAUGUUUCUCCCAAAUACCACAGAUAUAUAUAUAUAUAUAUAUAUAUAUAUAUAUAUAUAUAUAUAUAUAUAUAUAUAUAUAUAUAUAUAUAUGUUCUUUAAUUUUUAAGUAU